GACGCGAUUGGUAUGCGCCGUCCGUUUUUGUCGCUUUAUAAGUGACAGUGCGCGACCGUAAACACGACGUUUUCCUGGUCUUCGUCUUUUCACUACAGACUAAGGCUUCCCGUUUGCUUCAGUUUAAGGCUUUUGAGUUUGAGUAUUUCAUACGCGUCAAGAUGUCGUACAUGCUACCGCAUCUCCACAACGGCUGGCAGGUCGACCAAGCCAUUCUAUCCGAGGAGGACAGAGCCCUGGUCAUCAGGUUUGGACACGAUUGGGACCCAACAUGUAUGAAAAUGGACGAAGUAUUGUACAGUAUAGCUGAAAAGGUGAAGAACUUUGCAGUCAUCUAUUUGGUGGACAUCACAGAGGUACCGGACUUCAACAAGAUGUACGAGUUGUAUGAUCCUUGCACCGUCAUGUUCUUCUUCAGGAACAAGCACAUCAUGAUAGAUCUGGGGACUGGUAACAACAACAAGAUCAACUGGACCAUGGAGGACAAGCAGGAGAUGAUUGACAUUGUUGAGACCGUUUACCGAGGGGCGAGAAAAGGACGAGGUCUGGUCGUAUCUCCUAAGGACUACUCCACAAAAUACAGAUACUGAUUGGUUCUUCCCUUUCCAUUGCUUUGUGUGAAGCCCAAUGGGAGCAAAUCUGUCCUUUCAUUAUGAGACUUUCUAGACAGCUGGACUACAAAAAGGGCUCAGAUUGAGGUGUCCUGCUCUUUUUUUUAUUUUUUAUUGUUACAGCCAUGUCAUAUAUUUUCAAAAGCAGUUAUGAAAUCCACCUUUUAGUUCUUUGAUUUAAUAAAUGUCAUGUUCAUAUUUGAUGUUAUCACUUCAUAUGCCCGUUUCCUAGAAUAAGGCUAGUCCUUUAUUAAAAAUAAUUAUCAAUGAAAAAUC